UGAUGACAAAAAAGGUUGCGGUGAUAGGAUCUGGUGCAAGCGGACUGACCGCCAUCAAAUGUUGUGUGGAUGAAGGGUUACAUCCAGUGUGUUUCGAGCGAACAGACCACAUAGGGGGUCUGUGGUAUUACACAGAAGAGGCCACCGAUGGUCAAGCUUGUGUGAUGAAAUCCACAAUUAUCAACACUAGUAAGGAGAUGAUGACGUACAGUGACUUCCCAAUACCCAAGGAAUACCCUAUCUACAUGCAUAACAAAUACGUCCUCAAGUAUUUUAACUUGUAUGCGGAUAAUUUUGACCUUAGAAAAUACAUAAGGUUCAAAACAGAGGUGACAUCAGUAAGCAGGAGUCCAGACUUUAACACAUCUGGGCAAUGGAACAUUACAACAAAAGAUUUAACAACAGGAGAAACUAAAGAACACGUGUUUGAUGCCGUCAUGGUGUGCACUGGUCAUCAUGCUGACAAAAAUAUUCCAGAAUUUCCCGGAAUAUCAACUUAUAAUAAAACAUUCCUUUUUAUUGGUAAAUGUUUGGGAAUAUAG